AUCAAUAUUGUUAUAAAAACCUAUUCCGAGCCCGAGGCUUGUUAGAGCAAAUCCAAAUAUUUGAAGAUGGGAGAUCAGAAUAGCCAAAACUGCGGCAUAGGAGCAGAGGUGGUGGUAGUGAUGGUGCCUCUGCCGGCACAGGGCCAUCUCAACCAGCUCCUCCACCUCUCCCGCCUUAUCUCUUCCUACAACAUACCCGUUUAUUACACCGGAGCCGCCACUCAUCUCCGCCAGGCCAAGCUCCGAGUCCAGGGAUGGGAUCUUCUCUCCCUUUCUAAACUUCAUUUCCAUGAAUUCCCAACACCCUCUUUCGAAUCCCCUGAUCCAGACACCAAAUUCAAGCCACCCUCCCAGCUAGCGCCGUCCUUCCACGCCGGCUUGCUCCUCCGUGAACCCCUCCGCGACUUCCUCUCAAAUCUCUCCAAAAACACAAGGAGAGUUGUUGUGAUUUAUGAUUCUUGGAUGGCUUGGAAUGUUCAAGACAUUCCUUCCAUACCAAACGCGGAGUCUUACGCCUUCCAUAGCACUUCGGCUUUCUCUACGUACUCCUUCAUCUGGGAUAUUAUGCAGAAGCCGCCUCUGCCGCCGGAAGCUCAAGUACUGAAAGAUCUUCCAAAUCUUGAAACUUGUAUGCGUCCGGAGCUGGUUGAAUACGGCAGGCUUCAAAAUGAAGCCUUGAAGUUCAAUUCCGGAGCCCUUUUCAAUUCUUGCAGGAUGGUUGAAGGAGCAUUCCUCGACUUACUUGCGAAAGACCCCACGCUUAGAGCAAGCCAGCAAUGGGCUAUUGGACCAUUUAAUCCGGUAACCCUACCGGAGAAUAAAGAUUCCGGUAUGCGCCACAAAUGCCUGGCCUGGCUCGACAAACAAGAACAAAAUUCUGUGAUUCUCGUUUCAUUCGGGUCUUUAACUUACCUAUCUGAGGAACAGAUCAAUGAGAUCGCGAUUGGGCUAGCGGAGAGCGAGCAGAAGUUCAUUUGGGUACUUAGAGAGGCGGAUAAAGGAGACGUUUUCGUGGGAGAAGCAAGGAGAGCCGAGCUGCCGGAAGGAUACGAAGACGGAAUCAACGGCAAGGGAAUAGUGGUGAGAGAUUGGGCCCCGCAACUGGAAAUUCUCUCCCACCCAUCAACGGGUGGGUUCAUGAGUCACUGCGGAUGGAAUUCGUGUAUGGAAAGCAUUUCAAUGGGAGUGCCCAUAGCGGCGUGGCCUAUGCACUCUGAGCAGCCCAGGAACGCCAUGCUAAUCACCAAGGUGCUGAAAAUGGGUGUAGAUAUUGACGAUUGUAGCAGCGGAGAAAUGGUUAGCUCACACAGAAUCGCAGAUGGUGUUAAGAGAUUAAUGGGUUCAAGGGAAGGAGAUGAGAUGAGAAGAAGAGCAGAAGAACUAAGCCGCGACGUCAAGCUCUCAGUCAUGGAAGGAGGCGCUACUCGCUUAGAAAUGGAUUCUUUCAUUUCUCACAUCACCAGAGACUAGUGAUCAAGUGUACUAUUUUUAUUUUAUUUUAUUUUAUACAUUAUUGAAUGGUUUACAUAAUGAAUUAAGAAUUAAAUUGCCAUGACAAGUCAAAUUUCAAUAA